AUGGAGCAGAACGUUGAUAUGAUCAAUGACAGAAAUACUAGUGAUGGUAAUCGACAAGCGAUGAAUGAGUGUGACGAGAAAACGCUUAGUAGUGCCAACAUCUGGAAGCUGCCUAUGUCAGAAGUUGCCAAAAAUACCCUAAAUCCAAUUCGACAGAUUUGUGAUUCUUCAUUCGUGACAUCUAAUACGGAAAAGCCAUUACUUAAAUUAAACCUUGGAGAUCCGACUGUUUCUGGCGCACUACCUGAAUGUCCAGCUGCGAUCCAGGCUAUCAGUGAAGCAUUGACCAGUCGUAAAUACGAAGGUUAUGGACCUGCCAUUGGGAUUCUAGAAGCUCGGGAAGCAAUAGCCCGACACUUCACACAUCCUGAAGCACCAGUUACCGCGGAUUCUGUUCUGUUAACCAGCGGUUGCUCGCAUGCCAUUGAAAUGGCUAUCGAAGUGUUAGCAAAUCCAGGCGAUAAUAUACUUGUACCAGCGCCUGGCUUUUCCCUAUAUUCAACUCUCCUUAAAUCUGCAAACGUUGAAAGUCGUUAUUACUAUUUCGAUAUAUUAAAUGGCCCUCAAUUGGAUCUGGCUCAGUUGAAAUCUUUGAUUGACAACAGAACUCGUGCCAUAAUCAUCAACAACCCUCCAAAUCCAAUCGGCAUACCUGUGAAAAAACAAAUUCCUAUAAUUGCUGAUGAAGUUUACGGUACAAUGACUUAUAAUGGAGCUGAAUUUUACCCGAUAGCAACCCUAAAACCGAAAGUACCAAUACUCACUUGUGAUGGUAUUGCCAAACGGUAUCUUUUACCAGGAUGGCGACUUGGUUGGAUCAUUGUUCACGAUCGAUAUGCAGCACUACAAUCUGUUCGAGAUGGUUUGAUAGCAUUAGCUCAGAAAAUUGUUGGUCCUUGCGUAUUGAUCCAAGGUGCACUGCCACGUAUCUUGCAAUCAACUAAUGCUAAUUUUUUUCAACAGGUGAACAGUAUUAUUCACCGUAAUGCAAGCAUUGUAUGCAAAAGUCUGAGCGAAGUACCAGGCUUGCAACCUCUCAGGCCUAAUGGGACGAUGUACAUGAUGGUAGGUAUCGACGAGCAGAUGUAUGGAAGUGAUCGAGCUUUCGUUCGUGAUUUAUUCGUAGAAGAAAAUGUCAUCUGUCUUCCAGGCUACGUCUUCCAUUGUGCUGGUUGGUUUCGUCUGGUACUCACCUGUAGCGAGCACGACACUCAUGAAGCUUGCACUCGCAUUGUGCAAUUUUGUUUAAGGCGAUGUUCACAUAGCUUGAAUCAUGAAACCAGUAUUUGA